AUGUCUGAACGAGAAUCCGACGGUCCAUUGACGAGUCUAGGCAGUGUGUCAACUGCCAGAACUUCUCGGAAAGAAAUUCACGCAAACAAUAUAGUUCCUUUCAAUGCGUCACUCUACACCAUUCUUACCAUCAUCGGCACUCUUCAAAUUUCCGUUAUCAUUCCGAGUAUCGGCUCAUUCGUCUCUUUUAUUAGCGCAUUGUUCCUUUUUGAGUGGCUCAACCUCCACUUUCAGUCGAUGACGAGAAGUCGUCGCGCAUGUUUCGAUGUGGCAAAUGUGUUGGAGACAUAUCAGCCAAGAAACCGAACUCAUGGACAUCUUUUUGUGCCGGAUCCACCAACUCCCUGCGUCAAAAUCGACGAAGAUGGAAGCCACGACAUGCCGAAGGAGAAGAACGCAUUCUCCAAUGCUAGAGAUUCUCACUACGAGAACAUGUACCAGAAAGCGAUUCAAAUGGCCAAAGAAAUGGACCAAAUGGAAAAAAUUGCGGCGAGUCCAAAUCUCGACGCAUCGCAGAAUGUCGAGCUGAAACCGGCGAAUCCGGAACAGGAUAAAAAGGAAAGUGAAGAGAAAGCGAAACAAGCGAAGAAGAAGUAUGAUGAUGAUAUGUCAAAGCCGUUCAGCUGUUAG